GCCUUCGCCGUCCUGCUUCUGGCGGUGCAGGUCAUUGCCCUCCCGGUAACAAAUGAAAUGAAUAAAGGAGAUUCGCAGGUGAUGAAGUGCAUUGUAGAGGUUAUUUCUGAUACUCUGUCAAAGCCAAUUCUUCCAUGAUCUCAUGAAAUAUUGAAACCUUCUGUUGCAGAUGAAAGGAUCAUUUCAAUCCUUCGUCACCAAAAUUUAUUGAAGGAGCUUCAAGAACUUGCAGUUCAAGGGGCCAAUGAAAGAACCUGGCAGCAGAAGAAAAACAGUGGCUUUGAAGAUGAACUUUCAGAAGUCCUUGAAAGCCAGAAUGACAAGACCAUGCAAAGAGAUAAAUCAAGGGAAAUUGCUACAGAGGAGCCAACAGUCUCGUUUGCUGAGCUGGAGGCAGAGAGGAGCCAGCAGAACUAUGAGAGGGAGGAGUCAAAGGAUGAAGAAAAAGAGUCGAGGCCGCGUGAAGCUGGCCCUGAAGACAUCAAGGAGAAUGGAGAGGAAUCUGAGGGCAACGAGGUCAGUGAGGCUGAAGACUCGACAAGGGAAGACACUUUAAACAACCCCAUCAAUGACAGCCUCCAAGAGGAUGAGCCUUCUGAGCACAAACUCCAAGAGGCUGGAGAGAAGCAGCCUGAAGAACCCAGCAGAAGUCAGGAACUUCUAGCAGAGAAGAAGCAGAUUUCCAAAGUGGGCCAGGACGAGAGCCAAGAAGAGGAAGAGGAGACCCUACAUGAGCAUGCUGAGGAAGAGGAUGCCGGGAGAAGCACGCUGGAAGAUGAGCAGCCUACAGAAGCAGAUAGGAUACUUGGCUCAGCUGGGGAUGAGACUGAGGGGACUCCCCGGGAAAGUGAUAACAAAGAUGCUUUGGGCUUUGGCCAAGGUCUGAAGAGCUCUGAAGAGGAAGAGAAAUCCCUUGGAGUUAAAGGAGGGCGGCAUGGAUCAGAGGAUGAAGCAAUGCAGGUGGAGGACUCCUUCCACCUAAGGGACAUCAAAAGCGGGGAAGUGGAGGAAGAGCCCUUAAGAGAAUGGGAAGACUCCAAAAGAUGGAACAAAAUGGAUGAGCUGGCCAAACAGCUGACAUCCAAGAAGCGCACAGAGGAAAAUGACAGUGGCGAAGACCCAGAUAGGUCCAUGAAAAUAUCCUCCAGGUCCCAUAAGUAUGACUUCCGUAACCCAGACGAGGAUAUGAGAAGAUCAUGGAAGCAUCAUACAAAGGAGGACAGCAGCGAAGCAGGGUUUCCGCUGGCUGCCAUGCCUGAAGAAAAGAAGGAUGAAGAAGGAAGUGCCAACAGAAGAACAGAGGACCAAGAAUUGGAAAGCCUGGCAGCUAUAGAAGCCGAACUAGAGAAAGUCGCCCACAAGCUCCAUGAAUUGAGGCGGGGCUGAAGUUUCCCCUACGUAUGAGUAACAUGAGCAAAAGCCAGAAAUGAAGUCCUCUUUUGACACUGCAUUUAAGUUACCAAUUCAAAAAGUAAACAAAAAAAUAAAGACGGAGUAGAAGCAUUUUGUUGAGGAAGCCAAAAUUGCUAGGAAAUGACAGGCUUGCCCUCUUUGCAGUAGCGUUAAACUCAUCAUUGGCUUCUUCCUUGAUUUUGUGCUCCCGUAGCUGCUUUGGUUCUCUCUUGUACCCUUUGGAUAAUUGUAUCCCAAGCAGUGUGACUUACUCAUGUAUUUUCUGUUUGUUUGGGGUUUUCUUUUUUAAAGACAGCUUUCUAGAAUGUCUUACUUCUACUGUUAGAGUCACUGGAUAAAACUGCAAUAACUUCUCUUUUGAUUAAAAGCUGAGAACUCUGUAAUAUAUUCUAUAUAAAAAUUUAUCUAAGGAAAAAUAAAACUGAUGGGUUCCUUCCUUUGCCUUUUG